AUGCGUAGAUCGAUCUCCAAAUCGCGAUCCCACAGCGAUCGCGACCGACGACCUCCAAAUGAAAACAUGACCGCCCUCGCAGACGACCUGGUCGAGCGCCACGGGAACAGCAACGCACGUACCCCACCGUGUGAAGACGGUGUCGACCCCUUCGCGACGACCGCCGGUGCAGCUAACGAUAAUACGACUGCUGAUGAGGAGGACGGCUAA